AUGCCGCAGGAACUGAUGACCCUGCAACUUAUCCUGGUCCUCGCAUGUACUUUGGUCGUUGUGCUAUGGGUUUGGAAUCUCAACCUCCCAGCGACAAUCAAGAUUCCAGGCCCCUGGCACUUAAAAUUGCCUGGCAUAUUCGUCAAAUACCAUGAACUAUUCGGUCAUAAAAGAAGGUGGAUCCACAAUCUUCAUCUUCGGUUCGGUCCUGUCGUCCAAAUUGCAUCCAACGAAGUCUCUUUCGCAAGCUACACGGCAGCAAAGCAAAUUUACAGCACUGGGAAUAAAGAUUUUCGAAAGACAGAGUUGUACUCUCUGUUCGAGCAAGACGGUCACAUCACCAUACGGCGCCAUCUAGCUGAUCGGUACUCAAACUCAUCGGUUCUUCGGCCUCAAAUUACCGAGAUGAUAGACGAGCGGGCCAACACCUUUGCGGCAGUGUGUGCGGCAUCAGAUACAGCGGACAUCUAUGUGGGUUUCCUGAGUUUUACUUGCAUGCAUACGCUCUUGAUUGUGUUACUGGAAUGUUGUUUCAUCCUCACAGAACAGACUCCCUACUCGAUUCUGGUGACAAGCAGAUGGUCCAACUGCUGUCUUAUUCCAAUACUCGUGAAGGUAUAUCCAACAAACGCUUAUUCGAGCCAGGGCACAAUUUGCGAUCUGUUCUAA